AUGCUGGACGCAUUCAAAAUCAAGGAGUUCAAUUUGGAACCUAUCUACCAGUCUUGGGAGAACCCUCCGAGGUUCUACGGCGAGUCCACGAAGGACAUUCCUGUUGAUGACUUCUUGCAUCAGAUUAAAGCUGGCUGUGCAGAGCGGAAGGUGCCAGAGGAAUACUGGCACAAAGUUGCACAACACUACAUGGGAGACAAGGCGAAAGCCAGACUCCAGGAGCUCAAGAGCGUUAUGGCGAAAGUAAAUGGGGGCAAAUACCGCUGGAGCUGGAAGAAGUUCACGAUUGCAAUGCGAAACAUGGGGUGGGAGAUUGAUGCCAACAUCACGGAGACUGUUCAGCUCCACUCUAAACCGUCAGGCAUGCUGUGGCUUACCAGAAGGAAAUCCUUGAAAGACAAGGAUGGGUCACAGAAGGAGAUGGCUUCUUCCGAAAUCGUAGAACUUCCGCCGCCCCUGCCAUCUAAGCAGGGACGGCCAAAUCCGAUGAAGAUGCUUUCUGAUUCCGCGAUCGCUGCUACGGCUGCAAUCAGGUCUCGCAAGUCACCAAUCCGCGCGAACUCCAUGGCUUCUACGCUAACCACCACUACGGUUUCAUCUAACCAUACCGUAACCUCUAACCACGCGUUAACCUCCAACCCCGCGUUGACCUCUGACAAUGCGGUAACUGCCUUAUCUACACCAUCCGCUGAUGGCACUGUCACAGCUAUAUCGAACGCACCAACAUGGCUCCUUAAUGCGUGCAAUGCCCUCAAUUUCCUGAGUGCGGAGCACCCACGAGCUAUGACCACAUUGAGUGCUGUUCUUAUCACUGCAGGGACCCUCCCUGCGAUCCCUGCAAUUAGCGGAGGAACUGUCCUCGCUUCUGGGGUCGCUCAAGCAGUUGGCGCCAUAGCUGUGGGCGUCGGAAAUUUACUUAAAGCUCAGCAAGAAGGUCAGGUACAAACAACUGGCGCGCCCCCACAACCCCCAACACGAUCAUCUACCUUCUAA